AUGUCUUUGAUCAACACCCGAAACCUCACCUACUAUGCGCUGGUGCUGGCAUGCGCCAUGCCCCACGCGGUGAACGCAGCCUACGGCGAGGUCGACACAGAAACCCUCCGCCUUGUCCUGAGAUAUCUCGAACAACAGAGGAGAGACGACUCGCAAUACAUCCGCGACUCGCCCUACCAGGACGAGGAGACCGCGGGCGAAUCCCCCGUCGAGAACCAGCAGACCUUGGACACUCCCAGCACUACGAGCUCAAGCCCCAAGGCCAGCAAGACCGCAACCACCACACACUCGGGUGUCAAGCUGCCCAAGGCCGCCAUCAUCGGCAUCGCUGUCGGCGGCGGCGUCCUGCUCAUCCUCUGUUUCAUCCUCGUCUGCUGCUGCAUGCGCCGCAGGGGCAAGAAGGCCCAGAGAGAAGCGCAGGCCGCUCUGACAGAGAAGGAGCGGGAUCUCGAGGCUGGUUCCCCCGAGAUGGGCCAGGAGAACGGCUUCACCGCACCACCGCAUCGACCUCGCCCAUCCCACGGUCAAUAUGCCGAGCCCUACAACGAGCCACACUCAGCCGGCCCAUACGGCGAUCAGCCGUAUGGUCAGCAAGCAUGGGGCAACCGAUUCUAA